GUUUUGCAAGACUAUUAAAGAUGGCGAUCUAGUACGCAAGGGGUGUGCGAAUGGUUUGGGUCUCCAGGAAGUUGUAACGUGUUUUAAAUUCACAUAUUUGCUUUAGAAUUGCAAAUUUCAAAUAUAGAUUCUUUAUGAUGAGUGAGGAAGCUAGUACAAGUAGCAGUAAGGUGGAGCCGACGGAGGACACCGUGCCAAGAGGAAUUCAGGAGACCGGUGCUACUGCUGACAUUCAAGAGCCAACGAAUGUCACAACGACUGAUGGUCAUGUUGCAUCAAAGAAAAAAAAGAAGAAAAAGAAGAAACAAAAUAAGGGAGAAUCAGCAGCAAGUUCAGAGAGCCAAGCACAAGCGGCCAGCUCAAUUUCAAUGAAGAAAAUUCAAGAAUUAUCUAAUCAGAUGGAAUUGUUGAACAGGUCGUCAUCAUCCGUUAAGUCAAUUGAAGCAGCUAAAAAAAAGAACUUUGAUUUCUGGGACUCGCAACCUGUUCCUAAAUUUGAUCAAGCCGUGGAGUCUUCAGUAAACAAAGCAAUUGAGCCUGCUAAAGAUGUUGUACGUCAGGAUUCGUACUCACUACCACCUAGCUUCAGGUGGGACACCUUAGACAUCGAAGAUCCAGCACAGCUUGAAGAACUUUAUACCCUUCUGGCAAACAACUAUGUUGAGGAUGAUGACAAUAUGUUUCGAUUCGAUUACUCUAAAGAGUUUCUUUUAUGGGCGCUCACUCCCCCAGGCUGGCUGUCUAAGUGGCACUGUGCAGUGCGUGUUACUGGAAAUAACAAACUUGUUGGUUUCAUUAGUGCUGUGCCAGCUAAUAUUCAUAUUUAUGAUGUCCAUAAAACUAUGGUAGAGAUCAAUUUCCUGUGCGUGCAUAAAAAGUUGCGCAAUAAGCGGGUAGCGCCGGUGCUGAUUCGUGAGAUCACAAGGAGGGUCAACGUUGAGAACAUAUUUCAGGCAGUCUUUACAGCUGGUAUCGUACUUCCUAAACCAGUUGCUACAUGCAGGUAUUGGCAUCGAUCACUGAAUCCGAAGAAGUUAGUAGAUGUGAAAUUCUCACACAUCGGCCGUAACAUGACAAUGUCUCGAACCAUUAAGCUCUACAAACUUCCAAAUCAAACGAAGACGCCUGGUCUGAGGGUUUACGAACCAAAAGAUGCGGCUGAUUGUCUCAAAGUCUUCACGGAUUAUAUGAAAAAGUUUGAUCUUUACCCUUCCUUCACUGAGGAAGAAUUUCAGCAUUGGUUCACUCCUCGAGAAGGAAUUAUAAACACUUAUGUUGUUGAAGGGGACAAAAAACAGGUCACAGAUUUUAUAAGUUACUACACUUUAUCCUCAUCUAUUAUGCAUCAUACAGUGCAUGAUAUACUAAAGGCGGCAUACUCAUUCUACAAUGUCAGUACAACGGUACCUAUGAUGCAGCUUAUGCAGGAUGCUAUGAUUCUUGCAAAAAAUCAAGGAUUUGAUGUCUUUAAUGCCCUGGAUUUGAUGGAUAAUAGAGAUUUUCUUGAAGAGCUGAAGUUUGGCAUUGGAGAUGGUAACCUUCAGUAUUAUCUAUACAAUUGGAUAUGUCCGGAAAUGAGACCCCAGCAGGUUGGGCUUGUACUGCAAUGAAUUUACCUGUGAAAAUGCAAUGGAAUCACCUCUAAUUAAUAUGUCACUCGGGGUUGUAUAAAAAAA